AUGUGGAGUAUGGUGAGGAUGACUCGGAUGAUGAUAAGCAGAUCGACCUCGAAAAGCAUGAGGAAGAUGAGAAGGGAAAGGCAAGGCUUGGCUUGUCUGGCCCGACCUCGGGCAAGCUCGAGAAGGUACCCGAAGUGCCGGACACUGACCAGGAGAGUGAAAGUGAGGGUGAGGAGGGUCGCCGAAGAUCUACAGUGGAGCUCACCCAGGGUCAGCAGGACUUAUAGCGGGAGCUCAACGGCUUCAAGAAGUUCUCCGAUUCGCUUCUAUCUAAAUCAUCCAAGAUGCACAACCUGCUCUCGCAGCUGGAAGAAUACAUUCCAGAGAUGUCCGAAGGCGCAGACAAGAAGAAG